UCAGGCUCAACAAAAAGCUUUCUUUUUCCGAGGCCGCUCCUCUUCGGCGGUCCUUUAAGGCCGCAGCACCGCGAGCGGCGGCGACCCGAAACCCUUAAACCCUAAGACCCACUGCCAUGAGAAGUAGAUGGACCGCUGCCAUCACCCCCGGUGAGUCUACCGUCCCUCUCCUCCACCCCUCUUCCUCUUCUGCAUUCCCCGUCUACCUCCCCCGGCGACCCUUCUCUUUUCCUUCCUCCUCGUCCGUCGCCGCCGCCCCGGAAACCCCAAGCCCAGAAAGCCCAAUACUGGACUCCCAUCUCCUCGCUCAGCUCUCCUCCAUCCUCUCCCGCCGGCACUGGCGCCGGAGCCGCACCCUGAAACGAUUGGCCCCCUCCCUCACCCCACUGCACGUCGCCGAGCUCCUGCGGACCCGCCCUCUCGACCCAGAGACCGCCCUCGCCUUCUUCCACUGGGUUGGCCAGCGGCCUGGCUACCGCAACAACGUAGACUCCUAUGCUGCCCUCCUUGGUAACCUCCUUCGCUCCAAAUCCCCCGUCAAUGCCGAGAAGAUCAUCGUCUCUAUGGUUAAGUCGUGCAAUUCUGCCAAAGAUAUGCGCUCCACCAUAAAUUCCAUUAGAGCCUUUCGUCGAGCAGGUGGCUGCGCCGGCUUCAGGCCGUCGCUCCGAUGCUAUCACAUGCUGUUAAGGUCCCUCGAGAGAUUCUCAAUUACUGAUGAGAUGAAAGAUUUAUACCAACAGAUUGUUAAAGAUUGGAUCUUGCCGGAUAUCAUUACAUGCAAUACGAUUAUCAAGGCACACUGCAAGGAAGGGAAUAUUGCUGAGGCAAAGCAGUAUUUAAGGUACUUACUGGAAGCAGGAUUGAAACCCGAUACCUUUACUUACAAUUCUUUGAUCUUAUGCUACUGUAAAAAUAAGGAUUUGGAUAGGGCUUGUUGGGUCUUUGUGAUGAUGCCGCAGAUGGGCUGCCAGAGGAAUGAAUUCUCAUACACCAUUCUUGUCCACGGGCUCUGUGAGGCCCGCUGGAUUGACAAAGCUUUUGUGCUGUUCUCAAAGAUGGGUGAUGAUGGCUGCUGCCCGAAUGUGCACACUUACACAGUGAUGAUCGACGGCCUCUGCAAGGAGGGCAAGGUUGAGGAUGCUAAAUCAUUGCUGAGUGAGAUUUCUGGCAGGGGUUUGGUCCCUAGCACCGUGACUUACAAUGCUUUAGUCGAUGGGUACUGUAAAGACGGAAACAUAGAGGCUUCUUUGAGGAUUAUGAAACUGAUGGAAUCGAAGGGCUGUAAGCCAGAUGCUUGGACAUAUUCAGUGAUGAUUCAUAAGCUUUCUAAGGAGAAUCGCCUAGAGGAUGCUGAAGCCAUGUUGAAUGAGGCUAUUGAGAAAGACUCGUCUCCCAAUGUAUUUACUUACACUGCAUUGAUUGAUGGGUAUUGCAAGCAGGGAAAAUUUGUUGAUGCUUGUAGGGUUAUGAAACUGAUGGAGUUGAAUGGGUGCAAACCAGAUGCUUGGACUUAUACAAAGAUGAUUGACAGCCUUUGUAAGGAUAAUAGGCUACAUGAUGCGAAAAGCAUGCUAGACGAGAUGUUUGAGAAAGGCUUGGAGCCUAAUGUUGUCACCUACACUGCUUUGAUGGAUGGGUAUUGUAAGAGAGGAAAGGUUGAUGAUGCAUUGGAGAUUGUGGAAUUGAUGGAGUCAAAUGGCUGUCGGCCAAAUGCUUGGACAUAUAAUGAGUUGAUAUAUGGGUUUUGUCAGGAGAGGAAGGUGCACAAGGCAAUGGCUUUGUUGAGUAAGAUGCUUGAGAGUGGGUUAUCUCCAGGCCUUAUUACAUACACUGCUUUGAUUCAUGGGCAAUGCAAGGAGGGUCAUAUAGAUAGUGCUUUUAGACUACUUGAUUCUAUGGAAGUGAAUGGUUUGGUGCCUGAUCAACAGACAUACUCUAUCAUAAUAGAUGCCCUUUGCAAAAGUGGGAGAAUUGAAGAAGCUUACUCACUCUUUAAGUCUGUUGCUAAGGAGGAGGUAAGGGCAAACAAGGUGAUGUAUACUGCUUUAAUAGAUGGUUUAUGUAAAGCUGGAAAGCUCGAUUUUGCUCAUUCACUGCUAGAGGAAAUGGUUUCUAAGGACUGCUUGCCAGAUUCAUACACCUAUAGCGUUUUGAUAGACGGGUUGUGCAAAGAAAAAAAAUUGCAAGAAGCCUUGUCAUUACUAGAUGAUAUGUUUGAAAAGGGAAUAGAGCCCACGACUGUCACCUAUACGAUUCUUAUUGAUGAAAUGCUCAAGAAAGGGGAAUGUGAAUGUGCUAAAAGGAUGCUUCAGCAAAUGGUUUCUUCAGGGUGUAAGCCAAAUGCUAUCACCUACACAGUAUUCAUCCGUGCCUACUGCAGCGAAGGAAGAGUAGAAGAGGCAGAAAGUGUGAUGCUAGAAAUGAAAAAAGAAGGUGUUCAUCCAGAUUUGAUGACUUAUAACACAUUGAUUGAUGGGUGUGGGAAUAUGGGAUAUAUGGAUCGAGCAUUUUCUGUUCUCAAGGACAUGAUGGAUGCUGCAUGUGUGCCCAAUUACUGGACCUAUUCAGUUUUACUCAAGCAUCUCAUCAAGAGGAAGCAGGCUAGCAGUGUCUUUGCCAAUGCAUCUGACCUAUGGAGAAUAUUAGAGAUAGAUACUAUAUUGGAGCUUUUGCAGGAGAUGAUGAAGCACGGUUGCACUCCUAGUGUGGUCAUAUACAAUGUUCUCAUUUCGGGGUUCUGCAAAGAGUGCCGGUUGGAAGAAGCAUAUAUGCUACUUUCUCAAAUGAAGGAAAGAGGGAUACCGCCCAAUGAAGACAUCUACACCUCUUUAAUUAAUUGCUGCUGCAAAGUGAAAAAGUACUCCGAGGCAUCAACAUUCAUAGGAUCCAUGGUAGAAUGUGGUUAUCUACCUCACUUGGAAUCCUACCAGCUUCUUCUUUCAGGGCUUUGUGAUGAAGGAGACUUUGAGAAGGCUAAAAUGCUGUUUGAUGACUCUCUUGAGAGGGGUUAUAAUUGUGAUGAAGUUGCAUGGAAAAUUCUUAUUGAUGGUCUACUUAAAAAGGGCUAUAUCAACAUAUGCUCUGAGAUGUUAUCUAUCAUGGAGGAAAGACACUGCUCUCCUAGCUCUCAAACAUAUGCUAUGAUUGCCAGGGAUAUUCGAGAAGUAAUUAAUGAGGCAGUGAGCGAAAUUGAGGGGUGAUCUUUGUUUCUGGUUUUCUUGUGCCGUACUUAUCCAUAUGGUACAUAACAUGCAUAUUUUUCCUUGGCUGAACAAGUGAAAACCGAGAAAGCCAAGGGAAUAAGAGAAUACAUUCUUCUGGAAUGUUCUUUACCAUGUCACAUAUGAUAGUAUAUUGGUGGUAUAAGAACUUCACGAGAUUAUUGAUGAAGCAUUCUCUGGGAUGAAGUUAGACAGCCCUGGUUUAUUGCACCAUAAUUCAAAACAG